AUGGCAGACAUUUUCUCAUCGCACCCCUACCCUGGUCGCAAGACCAUCAACCCCAGCACCCAUCACUGUGGUGUUUGUGACAGAACUCUUGCCUACAAGGACAGAGCUGCUCAUGAUCGCAGCAAGAAGCACAGGGCUGAGCUGGACAGAGAGAAGGCCAAGGAAGCCGCCGCCAAUUGUUACGCUGAGGGCAACGAGAACCUCGACCCUAACGCCUGCCACAACUGCGGACAGUGUCAGUAA